AUGAACGAUACAUUUGGAGGAGACUUUAAUGCCACCCAAACCAACGAUGGUGCAGCUUCUGAGAAGAAGGCAGAAGGAAUUGCUCCCGUCUUAAUAAAACAAAUUCUCAAUUCACCCGAAGGCAACUUCCAAAUGUUCGAUAUGAGCUUUAGCAUGGUGUGUAUUAAGGGUAUUGUUCGCAAUGUUGACACGUCGUCGACAAAAAUAACAUAUACCCUGGAGGAUAGUACCGGUAGGAUAGAGGCACACUACUGGCUUGAGGAAGGCGAUACUUCAAAGGCACCAAAUGUAAUGUUAAAUAAAUAUGCAACCGUAUAUGGCAGUGUAAGAUCACAGGGUGGUCAGAAGACAUUGAUGGUCUUUAAAAUGUUGCCGGUUAAUGAUCCCAAUGAAGUUGUUACCCACAUCUUGGAGAUGCUGAAUGCUCGAUAUAAAUCCGAGGAAUUUUCAACGAAGGGCAGCAACUUCGAUUUCAACGGUGGUGCGAAGGCCAGCAAUGAUGGCGGCAGUUUUGGUAUACAAAGUGGAAAUGAUUUGGGUCUUGAGGGUAAAAAUCUGGCAAUUUUCAAAGCCAUUAAGGAACACAUUUCGAAUGAUGGCAUCAGUCGAAGUGAACUAAAACGAAAAUUCACACAAAUGAAAGAAGCCGAAUUGAAUGGCAUUCUGGAUUUCUUGAUUUCCGAAGGUCAUAUCUACUCAAGCAUAGAUACUGAUCAUUUCCUCAGUACCGAAUAA